UUUACUCCCGACCAGGGUACUGUGAUCCAGUCCCAGAUUGUUUUCAGCUUGGUUCACGGUUAGCGGGUUAUUAAGACGAAUUCGCUGUUUCGACUGAAUGUGGAUCCUUUACGAAGGUCGGCAGAGGAGUUCACAUUUAGAACAUGCAGGUGUUCUUUUAACGGUAGGAGAGGAUCAUGUAGUGGGAAGAAAAGAUUGCUCAAUUUUAAUACAAGGUGAUGCUUCCAUAAGUCGCAAGCACAGUGUUCUCACGGUUCAACAUGAUGCAAGGCACUUGAAUGAUCCAAAUGAAAGGUCACAAGUAGUUCUGCAGGACUUUUCGAAAUAUGGAACCUCUGUUAAUGGGGUUAAAAUCAGUGGAAAAGUUAGCUUGAAAAAUGGAGAUGAAAUAUUGUUUGGAAAAAAUGACAGCUAUUACAAGUUAAAACACAAUCCUUUGGUUGUUGCUACCUCGUGUCUUGAUGAAGAAAAGAAAGAGGUGUUGAAAAGUAAAAUUCAUAAACUUGGAGGUCACAUAGUUAAUGACUGGAGGCAAGGAAUUGUGAGUCAUCUAGUGAUGGAUGGAUUGACAUUCACUAUAAAGGUUAUUCAUGCUUUAGCUGAAUGCAGGCCAAUUGUAAAGCCGUCUUACUUUGAGGAUGUUAUAGGAGCAGGGGAUUCAAGAUCCACUCUUCCUGCAGCUGAAAGCUACCUUCCAGUCCUGAAGGAGGACACUAUCAGUUCUCAAGAUGCUAGUUUUCUUCCAAAUGUGGCCAGAAAGAAUUUGCUUAAAGGAAAAACGUUUAUUUUCAUCAGUAAAAAGCAGUACAAGAGAGUACACCAUGCUGUGGAAUCCAGUGGUGGAAUCACUUUAUUGAGAGACAAUCCUGGGAGUGAGAAUAAUGAGUUCUUGGUUUCAAGGAAUGUUUGUGUGAUGAUGGUAGACACAAAAGAUCAAAAUACACUUCCUGUUGCUUCUCAGCAGUGGAUUUCACAUGUUACGGAAACUCUGAGAAGAAACAGAUGUCGCCCUAUUCCUGAAUCUGAGCUAGGGUUGGCACUACUGUUUAUAUCUCUGGACAAGUACUGUAAUCCAAGCAUUACUGCAGUUCCACCUUUAACAGAGAAUCUUGUGAGCCAGUCUUUUCAAGCUGCUGAAAUAAUGUCACAGAGAGUUUACUCUGAACAAUUUACUGCCCAGGAGAUUAAGUUCAAGAAACCCCCAAUCCCUGUGAGGCAUAAUAAUGAGGACAGAGCCCAAGGUUUAAAUGAGCAGCAGAGCAGUGACAUACUUAAGACAGUUGAUACUGGAGAAAAGAGGCCCAUGAAUAAUGAAAGACUUGGAGACAGUUACAGUGUGUCGCCUGCAAAGAAAAGAAAAGUUAUGGAAAUGGAGAAUUCCUUGAGUAUGGUGGCUGAAUCAUUGGAUGCAAGCAAACACGAAGAAAACGUUGGUGAUGAUGUUAAAUUAGCAGUACCUGUACCUGACAGCAUUGUUGCGGACAGCUUGGAGGUGAAACGUGACUCCUCCAGUGAGGGUGACUUAGAACCCCAGGACAGAAAAAAGGAUCUUGUGAACAGCAUAGUCAGUAUUGCUGAUAGUGUGGAUGUUAGCGACAACUCUCACGUGACAGUAGAUGAAUUACUUGGUUGUGAGGAAUUGUAUCAAAAAGAGAUUGAACAAAGUGGCACUACGUGGCUUCGUACAAAAGAGGAUUUAAAAUCAAAAGAAGUUCGUAAAAAAGAUAAGGACUUUACUUGUGAAUUGGUGAAGCAACCUCUGGAGAUGGAAAAUCCAUCUAGCUUAGAAGUACAUAAUAAAGAGGGUGCAGCUGAUCUGUGGAAAAAUCUGCAUGUUCCAGCGGGGUACCUUUGCUCCAGGAUUCCUCGAAGGGUGAGCAGAAACGACGUGUUUGAAGAUGACGCGUCUCAUUUACCGAGGAACUUGAUGGUAGUUGAUCAGAUGUCACUUGUGGUGCGAAGACUUACUUCUGUUGCUGCUGUUAAGGAGACACAACAGAGUACCACUAACAAGAAUUUCAAGAAAUUUAAAAAGCAAUCAUACCCAGGCUCUCACAGCAGUCUCCCGCGCAUCAUUGGUGGAAGUGAUUUGACUGUGCACCAGACCGCUGAGCGCUUGGAUACCGACGAGUGGUUCGUGGAGGCGAGAGAGGCGGACGUUGAACGCCAAAGAGAAGAAAGAAGGGCAGACGAACUGUUCAGAUGGGAAGACAAGCCCACCAAAGUUAGAAGAACAAGGAGAUAAUUUGAUUAUUAAUCUCCCGCUUAAGUCUCAGAGUAAUUCCACAACUUAUAUUCCUUAUAUGGGCUAUGUGUUCAUUAAAAUCCAAAGGAUUCAAGUGAAAAUUAGUUUCAUUAAAUACGUAUCUAAAACGUUUUAAAAGAGACAAAAAUAGAACUGAAGUGAACAAUUGUUUCUGUUAAUUUCAUCCUUUUUUUGUUUUGUUGUUGUUGUUUUUUUUUUUGGAAUAGUUUAUUUAUUCUAUUAACUUCAUUUUAUACCCUUUCAUAACUUGAAAUAAACUAUUCUCGAACUUUUGCAUUCA